AAUAUCUCUAAACAAGUAAAUACAAGGUUUAUAAAAAUUAUAAAGUACAAGUGGUUAAAUCCAAUUUGAUAAUUACCCAAAAAAAAAACUUGUAUAUAAAUAUAAAAAGAUUUUCUCAAAAAAAAAAAUAAAAUAUAAAAAGAUAAAUAUAGGGACAAAUUAGUACUCUAGUAUAAACCUAAAUUCUCUCUUCACACCUCCUCUUUUUUCUCUCCUAUUGCCUCCUCUUUCUCUCUCCUCCUUACAAAAGUCCUGAUCAUAAAACCCUUCUUUAGUGUAGCUUUGCUUCUACAGGUGAUGUUAAGUCUUCAUCAUCAAGAAUUUUCUGAGAAAAUAAACGAAUUUUAGUUUACAACAAAAGUUUCUCCCAAAAACUAAAAAAAAAAACCCAUUCAGAAAUAAUGGCACCAACAACAAGUAGAAGAAGAACCCAAAAAUCAACACCAACAACAAGGAAGAUUAUCACAAGGAGCAUAUACAAGAAGGAGCAACUAUCAUUGCUACAUAGCCAAAAACCACCCAAGAAAUCAAAGGAAAAUAAUCGUGUCGAAUCGCUUUCGUGUUUCGACAACGAAGAAGAUGAACAUCAAAGAAUCAACAACAAAAGUAAUAAUAAUAGCUCAUCGAAUGGUGGUGGUGAUUUGUGCACAACACCAAAAUCAGAGAAGUAUAAGAUACCAGAGAUAACAACUUGUCCACCAGCACCAAAGAAGCCAAGAAAUAGUACUUGUUUGUUUCAAAAAAGGAGGCCAAUCACUUUUUUUGCUCAUCCUGAUUUAGACAAAUUCUUCAUGUUUGCUACUCCUAUCAGAGAUAUCAAGGGUAAGCAGCAGAGUGACAUUAACUGGCAAUAAAUUUGGAGUUCCACUCUUUGCAUAUGUUCAGAAAAUUAACUUGUGUUUUUAAGGGGAGGCAAUGUUCACUGAUCAAGUGAAUAACUUUUUGAUUAUGACAUGAGUUUCCUUGCCUUAGAUUCCUUUUAACUAGGCAGUUGCCUGCCAAUUCUGGUACUAAUGUAAAUAUAGAGUACUAGUAUUUCUUCUUUUGUUUGUCAAAUCGUGUGAGAGGAAGUAGUAAUGUAAUAUAGUUAUGUAUUUGUUGUUACAUAUUCGUAACAAGGCAAAUUCGUAAAUAUUUUAAAAGUUGUACUGGUAUCACUGCAUCGUGAAAUGUAUCAUUGAUAGUAGAAUAAUAUUAUAGUCUAUAAAUAAUUA